AUGCCCGAGAAGACAAAGCCAGCACCCGAAUCAAUUCUGCCGAAAACAUUUUCAACUUCCAAUUCACUAAAAUCAAUCGCCUCUGAUUGUGCCAAAUCUCCCGGACAAUAUCUAGUACCCAAAACGCAAACAGGCACAGUGAUUCCUUCAACACCCUCCAACAGCGCUCCUUGCUCUGUUAUUGAACAAACCACAUCGGUUCCAUCCUCAUCGUUGAAGGCUUCCAAAAAAACCAUAACCAAGAAUACAACCGCAGUCACCCAAGCCGAAAACAGGCACAGCAAUUCCUCCGCAACUGCCAAACAGCAACCCGGCCUCGUCAUGGUCAAAGCCGCCCAAACCCAUACCUCAGAAGACAAACACAGUGCUGAAUUCAACUGCAUCAACACAAGUUUUGAACUCUCCUUCCUCAGCCACUAG